AUGAGAGAUACGCGCAACCCUGGUAGAGAAGCGAGCUGGGGACAAUUGCAGGAGUAUAAAGGUGCCAAGCGUAGCUUGCUCCAAACAGUACAGGACAUCGAGACAAAGGACCUCAAUCACAACUUUGAAAAAACAGAGAGCCAAUAUAUCGCCAGAAACACUACGGGGUAUCAGAGAGAUUCAGAAUCAAUCAGCAAGGCCCAUGAAAGAACGAUAUUCAAGGGUCGUUUGGAAGUGAAUCCAACAGGACCACGUAUGAGAAAAUUUAGUAGGGUUAUCCAGAGAAGAAGCAAUCAGCUCUUCCAUUUCAGCAAUUCUGUUCAAGCAUAUGAACCAAUCUCACACUGUGUGGGGGUGAACAGACCCCCAGAGAACCGGUAA